ACAACCCCCCCCAUAUUGAGGUCUAUAGGAGCCAACCAUGGCCACGGACUCGCCCCCCCCCAAAACCCCCCCAUCCCCCCCAAAACGCUUCUUCCGCAAGAGCGUGGAGCUGCUGGAAGAGGACCGGGGCCCCCCCAGUGAUGGAGGGGACCAAGAGCCCCGGGGGGGGGAUCCCGGGGGUGGGGGGGUCCCGGGUAGGGAGGAGGUGGAGGAGGAGGCGGAGAUGAAGGCGGUGGCGACGUCGCCGGGGGGGCGGUUCCUCAAGUUCGACAUCGAGCUGGGCCGCGGCGCCUUCAAGAGCGUCUUCAAGGGCUUCGACACCGACACCUGGGUGGAGGUGGCCUGGUGCGAGCUGCAGGACCGCAAGCUGACCAAGGUGGAGCAGCAGAGGUUCAAGGAAGAGGCUGAGAUGCUCAAGGGGCUGCAGCACCCCAACAUCGUCCGCUUCUACGACUCCUGGGAGUCCACGGUCAAGGGCAAGAAGUGCAUUGUCCUGGUCACCGAGCUGAUGACCUCGGGCACCCUCAAGACGUACCUCAAGAGGUUCAAGGUGAUGAAGCCCAAGGUGCUGCGGAGCUGGUGCCGGCAGAUCCUGAAGGGGCUCCACUUCCUGCACACGCGGACCCCCCCCAUCAUCCACCGGGACCUCAAGUGUGACAACAUCUUCAUCACGGGCCCCACCGGCUCCGUCAAGAUCGGGGACCUGGGGCUGGCCACGCUCAUGAGGACCUCCUUUGCCAAGAGCGUCAUUGGGACCCCCGAGUUCAUGGCCCCGGAGAUGUAUGAGGAGCGCUACGACGAGUCGGUGGACGUCUACGCCUUCGGGAUGUGCAUGCUGGAGAUGGGCACCUCCGAGUAUCCCUACUCCGAGUGCCAGAACGCGGCGCAGAUCUACCGCAAAGUCACCAGCGGCAUCAAACCAGCCAGCUUCUCCAAGGUGACCGACCCGGAGGUGCGGGACAUCAUCGAGGGCUGCAUCCGGCAGAACAAGGCCGAGAGGUUGUCCAUCAGGGACCUGCUGAACCACGCGUUCUUCGCCGAGGACACGGGGCUGCGCGUGGAGCUGGCCGAGGAGGCGGUGGGGCCCGAGCCCUGCCUCGCGCUGCGCCUCUGGGUGGAGGACCCCAAGAAGCUCAAGGGCAAGCACAAGGACAACGAAGCCAUCGAGUUCAGCUUCAACCUGGAGGCCGAUGUCCCCGAGGAGGUGGCCUAUGAGAUGGUGAAAUCCGGCUUCUUCCAUGAGAGCGACUCCAAGGCCGUGGCCAAAUCCAUCCGGGACCGCUUGGCCGUGGUGCGGAGGAGCCGGGAGCGGAAGCAGGCCGAGGGUCGGGGUCCCCCCGAGAGCGAGGACACCGAGGUGGAUCAGCACGUACGGCAGCAGCUGCUGCGGCAGCACGCCGAGGGGCUCUCGGACACCGGACCCAUGGCAGAUGCCACCAGCAGCCGUGGUCCCCUUGGGUGCUACCAACCAGGCCCCCCCCAAGAUGGGGCACCCCCUCCUUGCGCCCCCCACGUCCCAUUGCAGGUGGAGGGGACAUCGAUGGACGUCACCGGAGGUGCCACCGUGGUGGGGCUGGAGCCCCCCACUGGGGACGGGGAACUGGGGGUGACGCGGAGCUGGGGGAUGGCACCCAUGGGGGUGGCACGGCCACAACCGGCACCGGGGGCACCAGGGCCUGGGAUGGCACCUGCAGGUAUUGGAAUGGCAGCAUUGGGUACUGGGGUGCUGUACCACGAUGCCACCAGGUACCGGGAUGCCACCAGCCCCAGUGAUGCCACCAGGUACCGGGAUGCCACCAUUGGGUACCGGGAUGCCACCAUUGGGUACUGGGAUGCCACCAGCCCCAGUGAUGCCACCAGGUACCGGGAUGCCACCAUCAGGUACCGGGAUGCCACCAUUGGGUACUGGGAUGCCAUCAGCCCCAGGGAUGCCACCAGCUACCGGGAUGCCAUCAUUGGGUACCGGGAUGCCACCAUCAGGUACCGGGAUGCCACCAGCCCCAGGGAUGCCACCAUUGGGUACCGGGAUGCCACCAUCAGGUACCACGAUGCCACCACCAGGUACUGGGAUGCCGCCAUUGGGUACUGGGAUGCCACCAGCCCCAGGGAUGCCACCAGUUACUGGGAUGCCACCAUUGGGUACCACUAUGCCACCAUCAGGUACCGGGAUGCCACCAGUUACUGGGAUGCCACCAUCGGGUACCACGAUGCCAUCAGCCCCAGGGUUGCCACCAGCCCUGGGGAUGCCAGCACCAAGUGGGAAGCCACCAGGCCAAGGUGGUCCAGAGAUGCCACCAACGAUGGGGAUGGCACCGGCUCUACCUGGAAUGCCACCAGCAUCCAUUGGGAUGCCACCAGGGCCAGGGAUGCCACCAGCGAUGGGGAUGGGACCAGCCCAAGUGAUGCCGCCACCCAUGGAGAUGCCAGCCCCUAUUGGGAUGCCAGCACCCAUUGGGAUACCCCCAUCCCAAGGGAUGCCACCAGCCCCAGGGAUGCCACCAACCAUGGAGAUGCCGUCUGCCGUUGGGAUGCCACCUUCCUCAGCCAUGCCGCCGUCCAUUGGGAUGCCACCGGGUCCAGGGAUGCCACCUCCAUCUGGGGUGCCACCAACCAUGGAGAUGCCCCCAUCCAUAGGGAUUCCACCACCUAUGGAGAUGGCUCCAACCAUGGAGAUGCCACCACCUCAAGGGCUCCCACCCCCCCCCGACCCCCCCUGGCCCCCCCGGACCCCUCCCCCUCCCUGCGCACCCCCGAGGCCUCCCCCACCCCCCCGGACACCGGUGGCCGUGGGGACCGAUGGCGCCAGCGCCGCGCUUCCUGCCCGCGGCCCCGCUUCCAGCUCACGGCGCUCCAGGUCUCCUCACCGGGGGACAACACCGUCGAGUGCCAACUGGAGACCCACGACUGCAAGAUGGUGACCUUCAAGUUCGACGCCGAUGGGGACGCCCCUGAGGACAUCGCUUCUUAUAUGGUUGAGGACAACUUCGUGUUGGAGGCCGAAAGGGAGAAGUUUGUGGAGGAGCUCAAGGGCAUCGUGGCGCGGGCGCGGGGGGUCCUCGGUGCCCCCCAUGGGGACCCCCAGGUUGGAGCGAUGGAGCCGGUGGUGAGUGAAGGGGCCCCCCAAUCGUCCCCCGUGGGUCGCUGGAGGUUCUGCAUCAAUCAAACCAUCAGGAACCGGGAGGCCACCGCCCCUCGCCGAGCCCUGGGCACCUCAGACCUUGGUGGCCCUCAAGCAGCAGCAAUGGGGCCGGAUGGCGCAGGGCUCCCCACGCCCCAUAGCCCAGAGGCCGCCGGCCCCAUAGACCAUGGGCUCGGUGGCCCUCGAGGCCUUGGGGUACCCCAAGAGGAGGAGGACCCCGAAGGCCUGGAGCUCGGUGCCCCCCAAGGCCCCAGUGCUGGGGAGCCCAUGGGGCACUGGGAGCAGGGGGGCAGCGAGGCCGAAGCCGGGGACCCCCAGCACCAGGAGCCGGAUGGGACCCAUGGGGAGGAGGAGGCCGGACCCAUAGGACCGGAGGUGAUCGGGGCCAGGCCCCCACCCCCCAGGGACCCGGAGCCCCCCCCCGCCCGCGCUCCCUUCCCCCUCGGCUUCAGCUGCCCCCGCCUCAAGAGCCCCGUGCCCAGGAGGGGCUGGAGCCGCCGCAUCAAGAGCUGGGCCCGGCGCCUGCGCCAGCCCCCCCCCGCCGGGAGCCCCCCCCGCGCAGAGGAGCAGCAGGAUCUUGGGGACCACUCUGGGCCAGGUCAUUGCCAGCCACCGCACCCCGAAUCCGCCCCCCCCCAAAGUGAAGGCGAAUGGGGAGAUCCCAGCUCCGAAAGCGAAAGCGGGGGGGGCACGGGGGGCACCCCCCACCCCCCCGGGGCCCCCCCGCGCCCCCCCGGGUCCCCCUCGUCCCCCAUGAGCAGCGAUGGGGACACGGACCCCGAGGACCGGGACCUGCGCCUGGAGCUGCGGCGCCUGCGGGAGAA